AUGCGACCCUGGCUUCUUCUACAAUUUCAGCAGCAACAGCUGUGGGCUGAGUUGGGCUCGGAUGUGGAGCUGAACAGCGGCGUUGAUUAUGAAUCUACUCUGACAUUCCCUGAGACUAUAUUCUCCUUUGACUCCAUCAAGAAGUUUACCCAGUCGCAGGCUGUUUUCUUGGAGGACACCCUUGCCAUGCUCCUCUUCUGGCUCGGCUUCUGCCUCCUCCUCCGCCUCUUUCCCCUUGGAACCGAUGGUCGCUCACCCUGGUUCAAGAUCCGCUGGUGGUUUAGCCGUCUUGACAUCUCCUUCGCAACUCGGCACUGGCUUGACGACCAGCAGGUAGUGAAGAAAAGGAAAACAGAGCUUGGUGGGACUUUCUCGAUUGCUAGUUGGAUGCUCUUUAUUGGUUUGUUUGCUGCGUUGCUCUACCAGAUCAUAUCGAAGAGGAGUGUUGAGGUUCAUAAUGUUAGAGCAACAAAUGCACCUGAUCUGGCGGCAUUCUUGAAUGACUUAGAGUUCAAUAUUACUACUAUUUCUAGUAUGAGCUGUGCUCAAUUGCGUGGUCUUGGGUCUUUAGUUACAGGGAAUCCUGGCUUUGUUGAUUACAGAGUCGCUCCUUUGUCAAACUUUGCUAACUAUUCUUGUCUAAACACCACCAAGGGGCCUACAAUUACUCUUAAGUGCAACAACUGCCAGCUUACUCGAGACAUUUUGCACGUCUCCUGGCAAUUCAUUGAUCUUCCCAAUAAUCCAGCAGCUGCCAUUGGCUUUCAGUUCAACCUUACUGCAAAGAGCCAUGCAGAUAAGAAGCAUUUGAAUUUUGUCAGUGGAACACUAAAAAAUGCCAGCAACUUUGAAGACAAACCUGUUACCUUUAGAGGGGCCUUCCCAAAUAUACUGAAAUUCAAUUUAUUUCCUAGAAUAUUCCAUAAUUUACGGGAUCUAAAGCUGAUCCAACCUCUUUUUCACGAGUUUCUCCCCGGUUCAUCUUUUAGUGAGAUAAAUCAGCUUCAAACGUCUCUUGGAAACUCCAAAGAUGGACUUAUCAACACUACAUUGUAUGUGAAUUUCCUCUCUUCAUAUACUGUUGAGAUUGACAAUCAAAAUAUUUUAGGACCAGGUGAGUAA